AUGGAGAAACAAAGGCAGCUUUACGAUAUCGAUGUCGUCGCCACAUGGACACCCAAUGAUAAUACAGCGGACUUGUCACUAUUGCUUUCCACAAAAGACCAAUUCUACCAGCAACAGCAGCAAGAGCAACAAAGUACGCAGCUCUCAUCCUCACUCUCUCAGCAGCUUGUUGUGCUAGACCGUUGGAAACAAUGGUUUCUGAGACGCAUCGCCGCAAACAUCUCACCACUCUUUCUUACCACUACAGUCCCAUCCGGUAUCGCUUCAACUCUUACACCACUUAAAUCGGCUUGGCAGAUUUCCCUUAGUCCUGACUGUCAAUUCCUUGCUGUUAAUCACGAGGACAAAAUCGAAUUUAGAACCCUCAAUUCUAGCUAUCAGAUCGUUCAUGCCGCCUGGGGUGCUACCGCAAAACGACAUCAGGACUUCUAUCCCAAAUGGAGGAAGAUUGCUUGGAGUGCUGACUCACGCCUUGUGGCCAGGAGCUACAGUGAUGGGAUGAUUGAAAUUGUGGACAUCAAGGGACGACUUAUUGGAACCAUUUUACCCAACGACCAACAAGACGCCUCAACUGGAGAGGAGCUGACGACCAACAGUGGAUCGAACCAACUGUUUGUUGAGCCCCUUAGUUAUAUCGGCUUCACCAAUGUACGGAAAACAGUUUCGAGUGAUAACCCAACAGUCAAAUUCAAUGGCAAUGAGUAUGCGUAUGAACUCAUCACAAUCACAUAUGAUGGUGUCCUCCGAAGCUAUCUCUUCAAUGCACCCGAAGCAUUCGACGAGUUGGACGCAUCCAUGGUUUCACCUUCCGAAGAUGAACCGAUAAGAAAUAAUCUUCAGCAUCGUCGAUCAACCCUUGCGACACAUUCCCUAUUGUCACCGAGGCGGACUACUUGGCCAAGAGAGGGCUUCUCAGAUCCAGGCUAUUUUUGCUUUUAUCACAAGUUUACUUUCAGCCCCUGGUUCAGAACUACGAUGUGUGCGAGUGUGGAUGAGAAUAACGGUAUCAUUAUUAUUGGAGGGGCGCCGCACAAAAGUAAAAAGUCUCCAGAUGACAUCGAAGUGACUUCAGGGGUCAUAUUUUGCAUUAUGAAAGCCGAAUCACCUUAUUAUAGAAAGUACAAAUCGGAUGAGCAGCUCGACGACUCACUAGUCACAACCUUGAGCAGGACAAACCAAUCUCCCAAUAUGAGGAAGCCAUCAACUGGCCUUGUUGCCGCAGGUCUUAUUGUGCAAAGAUUAUUUGAACGUGAUACCAACCUUUGUAGGAAUUCCGUCCACACCAUUAUCCACCAUGAAAUAUAUGGAUCCCUUUCAUUGGAUUGCACGGGGUCACUUACCAGCUGGCUAGUAUCUAAGGAGCAGGGUGGAUGCGUAAAGAUGACAUGGGACAAGGAUCACUUAAACUACUAUGCACGCGCGAAUGAGCACGCUGCUUUGUCUUUUGAUGAAUUUCAAAAACUUGUUCAGGAGUACCACUCAAAUGGAACUUCAUCCCAUCUCAUCGGUGUUGUUAACGGUAGGUGUGUCUCGAUGCGAUAUUGGACCAAGGAUGCAAUUCUAUUGGGAUAUGAGAGCGGUGCUAUGAUUGUCCUGCAAAUUCCAGAGCUGAUUAACAUUUUGGGCCAAGAACCUCGGGUGUUCGCCUCCUGCCUUGAGUUCACUAACUCUGGACUCAAGAUGCAUGACGAGCAGGUAUUUGUGGUCGAGGAGAUCACACGAAUGAUUCGCGCAAGAGUCAUCGGGGACCGUUGGAUUAUGAUGACAGAUCAAGAAGACAAGGCUUUGGGAGAGCCUACUGAGGAGGAGAUUGCGCAGAUGAUGGGAAACGAGAGACUGCUAUUCAAAUGGGUUGCCCAGCUGAUGAAAUAUUUCGAAUCCAAAGAUGUAGGUGAGCAUCGAUUGAAGCGUCAAAAAUUGAUAUUGGUCCCUAAACGAACGCUGAGUCUAUACAGAAUACUUCGAGUCCCACCAGAAGAGUUGCUCUAUCGUAAAUUGGAUAUGAAGGAUUACAGUUCUGCAUUAGCCAUCGCUACAACAUACGAGUUGAAUACAGACGUCAUUUAUCAGCACCAAUUGAGGCAGCUGAGCUUAUUUAAUGUGGAGGUCGUGUCGACUUUACUUGACAAGAUUACUGACAAGCAAUGGGUCCUUGCCCAUUGUAUCGACAGCCCCACUGAGGAUCAAGAGAGUAUUAGGACACUUCUCGAGUAUGGCUUAAAUUUGACAGAAACCCUUAUGGACGACAUUAUCCAUAGGUGUGAGCUAUCUAAGGAGGUCAAAAUCGACUGGAUUCGAGCAGCAGCCUCUGGAGAGGCCAUGGAUAUAAAGGCCAAGGAGGCUUUAUUGGCAAUUCAAUUAACAGAAAAGGAGGUUCUUUGGUGCAAGUAUCGCUGGUAUUUCCUGAAAUAUAUGAGCAGACUCUCAACAUUCGUGGAACUCACCACUGCAGAAAAAGAGAAUAGGGCGCAAGAAGAAGAAAGGAUAUCAAAGUUGCAGCGGCAGAAGUCUCAAACACAUGCUCCGCUUGAUCCAUUUGGUCUCUGCGAUGGUCCCAAUGACUCAAAGCCACCGCCCUUGCCACUCCUUACUGGUCAAUUUAAUUCAUUCAAAGAUGUGGAUCUAGCGGGGCAAGCGCAGAUGUAUGCGGAGUCAGAGUUUAUUGAAGGUGUCAGGAUCCUCUUCACACGCCACAACCGCGAAACGUGGCCAUGGCGACUAGCUAUUUUAAACCGCAUUCCAGCGACAUACCCAGUGGGGCUCUACCUCGACCUUCUGCCACAAAUCGAUGCUAAAGCAGCUUCAGAAAAGCCUUGGACUCCGGAUCGCCCUUGGAAAGAUCUUGAUUGGGUUGAAGUGCCGGAGUUUAGGACAUUGGUGUUCGGAUCAUCAGACCAUGAGAUGGAUGCGUACCUUGAGCAGCAGGCGUUAGUCCUGGAGGAACGUAGGGCAGCGCAUGGAGGUGACGAGGCAGCGUCGCUUGAUAUGGCUCUCAUCAAGAAAGAGGCCGAAGAGAUCCUACCGUCACCACAGUCCUCUUUUGCCUCAAACGAAACCCUCUCGCACUGGUAUAUUGAUCGUGUUCUGGAGAUUGACAGGACAGCAGGCCAGAUCCUCGAAGAGCGCCGACUGAUUCGGUACGGAAUUGAUCACCACAUCCCUGGUCUAGAGUCAAUAAAUGAGGACCUCGAGAUCCUAUGCAAACUAAUCUACGAGAUAAAGCCCGACAAUCGCAGCCCUGAGGCCAAGGCCAAGUGGAGUGAUAUCGUUUUGGAUAUGUCGUUAGAGAAGUUUUCGUUGAUGAAUCCUAUGGAGGUUGUAAAGCUGUGUUUAAGUAUGACCGAUGAGUUUACGAUUGUGCAGGAUAUUCGACGUUUGGUCCUGCCUUUCCUCACUGUUGUACUUCCAAGACGGUGGCAGCGGAAUGGUCCCCUGCACGCUCCUGAACAAGGACUACCUGAAGGCCAGGAUUCUCGCAACCCCAUGUCGUAUUUGUACACAUAUCUACUAACUCAGAGUCCCAAUCAUCUGCCGUGGGUUGGCGCAGUUAUACAAGAAUCUAAACCUGUUUAUGAACCGGAGGAGCGUAUCAUCAGUAAUGACAUGGAGCUCGCUUGGCUGACUAUGUCAUGCAUGUAUGGUUGCAGGACUGUAUCCGAUUGGAAAGUGAUGAGUGACAUGAUUGUAUGUCUGCCCAUAUUUGAGCAGACUGAGGACGUGGAUGAAGUAGUGGAUAAAGUAAGACGUGCAGAGCUACGCAAGGACAUUUUUCUUCCUGCACGGGGCGAUGAUGGUUAUAUUCAAAAUAACAACAGCAACGACAAUAACAACAGUACCUCACUACCUGCUCUUGCCCUUACUCCUAGUCGUCCACGGAUAGCUCAGCAAGUUGAUCCUCUCAAUAUGUACCCAGCGUUCGUCAAAUAUGCACCCACACAAGGCUUGAUGCAGCACGCUCUUGAUACACUCGAGAAACAUCUGACUGCUGCAGAGGUGCUCGCUCGGUAUGACCUACCUGUACAGCUUUCUUGGUUCCUCGAAAACUCUGAUUCUGAGGCAAAUCAACUACAUAUGGUCAUCAAGAUGGCACGAUUAGCUAGCGGUGGGCCUGAAAAGAUGGGCGAGCGAUUUGAAAGUGAUGAUGAGUGGAUGUUGCUUCUUGAAGAUUUGAUCCGUCUUCGUGGAGGCGAAAAAGGGGAUGGGGUCUUAGGCUUGGUGUCAGAGCAGGACAUUUACAAAGAAUACUUGGCCGGUGUUCUGAGUUGUGGAAAGUUUGAACUCGCCAAGGCUAUCUUGUUCCCACCCGGCCUGCUCCCUCCAGUGCGCUUAGCAGUUGCAGAAAAGCUGGUCAUUGAUUGUUCGAAUGAAAUGUAUAACAACGCAACGUCAGGGAAUAGACAUCAAGGGCUUAUGAAGAUGGCAUAUGACUGCCUGAAGGUUCUUCCAGAAACGACAAAUAUUCGCCGAGAAAUGGAUUUAAUUGAGGCAACCAACUUUAUGACAUCGACAUACAGCCUUACAGCACCUGGAUCUAGUUCAGUUAUACUCCCAUUCCAAAUUCGUGCCACAGAGCAUCGACUAUCUUUAGUCCGAAGGCUGAUCAUGACUCAGGAAAAUGCUUACCAUGACCAUGAAGCCAUGUUAGAAUUGGCCAUCAAGGUCACAGGCGCGGGUCAAAAGAAAUCGCAUCGCCAGCAAAUUGAGAUUCAAGUAGUAGGAAUGUUGAUUGAGGCGGCACUCAAGGAACACAACCAUGUGUUUGCAUUACAACAAUCCGAUCGGCUCAUGGAGUUGCUCAAAAUAUCGGGCUCUGUGGACUUGAACCCUGAUGGAUCACCUAGAGUGAGACGUGUCCUCAAGAGCAAUAGUGCGAGCAGUUUUAACUCUGGUCAUGAGGACAUUAACAUUGGUCAUAGUGGCGCAUCUGGAUCGCUAUCUACAACUUCGAGGCCUGUCUCGCCAUCGUAUUCCACCAGUGGAAGUCCAUCUUCACAACCAAGUUCCAGAGCAGGUACAGGUACCAUAACACAGAAGCCACUGCAGUCUGGUUAUCUUGACCCUGAUGCAAAAGCACCUUGGGAAACGUUUGUUCAGGUAGCGAAUGAGUCUGUAGGACGUGAAUACUACAAACGCUUAGCAGUACUAGGAUACGCCAUGGCAUGCUGUCCUCCGGAGAAGAUUGAAAGUAUAUUAGAACUCUGGAGGUCCCUUGAGAUGGAGUCUGUUCAUGCUCCCGUACCCGAAGUGGACCCUCGUAAGGGCAUUAUGACAGGUUUUAUGUCGACUGUAAUGGAUAGAGCGGGAUCUGUAUCUAGUGGAUUAUCUAUUGCAAGUAGAGAUGGAGGAGAUGGAUCUACUGCGGCGUCAUUAGGAUAUGGAGCAGGCUACAAUCCAGGCAACGCAACCGUGCAUGAUACGACAAGCACAGUAAUACCAAGCAUAGGUCACAGUGGACCAUUAGCAGAAAUUAUGGGGCGAGUGAGUUCGAGUAGAACGGAUUCGAUACAUCAUCAACAAAAGCAACAAUCCAUGGAAAUAGGACGCAAACGAGACAAGCUCAAGUCGCUUGUGAGCUCAAUAUGGGCACAGUAA